GGGACGUUGAUUGGGAGCGAGAAUUGGAGCCCGUGCGUGCGCGGCGCCCCGCCUUCUGUCCAAAUUGAUCUCUUCCUUGUGCUUAAGUAAACAAUAUGUCAGGUUGGGAGUCUUAUUACAAAAACGAGGGCGAUGAAGCAGAAGAACAAGAAGAGGGCCUUGAAGCAGGUGGAGAAUAUACAUACUCGGGAAGAGAUAGUUUGAUUUUUUUGGUUGAUGGUUCUAGGGCCAUGUUUGAAUCUCAGGGUGAAGUUGAACUGACUCCUUUUGACAUGAGCAUCCAGGAGUUGGAUAAUCCAGGUGCUAAACGAGUGCUUGAGCUUGACCAGUUUAAAGGGGAGCAGGGGAAAAAACAUUUCCAAGACCUAAUUGGCCAUGGAUCUGACUACUCACUAAGUGAAGUGCUAUGGGUCUGUGCCAACCUGUUUAGCGAUGUCCAGGUCAAGAUGAGCCAUAAGAGGAUCAUGCUGUUCACCAAUGAAGAUGACCCCCAUGGCAAUGACAGUGCCAAAGCCAGCCGGGCCAGGACCAAAGCUGGGGAUCUCCGUGACACAGGUAUCUUCCUGGACUUGAUGCACCUGAGGAAACGUGGGGGCUUUGACAUAUCCUUGUUUUACCGAGAUAUCAUCAGCACAGCCGAGGAUGAGGACCUAGGGGUUCACUUUGAGGAAUCCAGCAAACUGGAAGACCUGUUGAGGAAGGUUCGUGCCAAGGAGACCAGGAAGCGCGUGCUCUGCAGGUGUGCUCUGAACCUGGGCCAGCCUCCCACAAGUGCCCUACCUGAUCCCCACGGUAGGAGGAAGAUGCCCUUGAACUAUGGGAGUCGUCAGAUUGUACUAGAGAAAGAGGAAACAGAAGAGCUGAAACGCUUUGAUGAACCAGGUUUGAUUCUCAUCGGUUUCAAGCCCUUGAUAUUGCUGAAGAAGCACCAUUAUCUGAGGCCCUCCCUGUUCGUGUACCCCGAAGAGUCCCUGGUGAAUGGGAGCUCAACCCUGUUCAGUGCUCUUCUCACCAAGUGUCUGGAGAAGGAGGUCAUGGCAGUGUGCAGAUACACCCCCCGUCGGAACAUCCCUCCUUAUUUUGUGGCCUUGUUGCCACAGGAAGAGGAGCUAGAUGAGCAGAAAAUUCAGGUGACUCCCCCAGGCUUCCAGCUUGUCUUCUUACCCUACGCUGAUGAUAAACGGAAGGUGCCCUUUACUGAAAAAGUCAUGGCGAACCCAGAGCAGAUAGACAAGAUGAAGGCUAUUGUUCAGAAGCUCCGUUUCAACUACAGAAGUGACAGCUUCGAGAACCCAGUGCUGCAGCAACACUUCAGGAACCUGGAGGCGCUGGCUUUGGACCUCAUGGAGCCCGAGCAAGCGGUGGAUCUGACACUGCCUAAAAUUGAAGCAAUAGAUAAAAGACUGGGCUCCCUGGUGAAUGAGUUUAAGGAGCUUGUCUACCCACCGGAUUAUAAUCCUGAAGGAAAAGUUCCCAAGCGGAAACAAGAUGAUGAAGGUUCUGGCAGCAAAAGGCCCAAGAUGGAGUUAUCUGAAGAGGAUCUGAAGGCCCAUGUGAGCAAGGGCACGCUGGGUAAGCUCACUGUGCCCGUGCUGAAGGAAGCCUGCAGGGUGUACGGGCUGAGGGGUGGGUUGAAGAAGCAGGAGCUGCUGGACACGCUCACUAAGCACUUCCAGAACUGACCAGCCGGCCAGCCCCCUCCUCCUGCACUCUAGCCAGGCUGCCUGGUUUUAUUCUCAUCAAGUUAAAACAGGUUUCUCCUGAGCCAGGAAGAGUCUGCCUGAUAGAAGCCAAGGACUUUACAUUUAUGAGAUGUUCUGUUGCCGUGGAGACAGCAUAGCCCUCCCACUUUGCUGUGCUUUACUGUCUGAAUAAAGAGCCCUAACUUUGUACUGUA